AUGACGACGACGACGGCUAUGUCAAAUCUUCCAAAUGAUUUGGUAGAGGAUAUUGUCUUUAGGGUUCCUUGGAAAUACAUGAGAGCGGUGCGAUUAACUUGCAAAAACUGGAACACUUUGUUCGAAAGCCAAAGCUUUACGAAGAUGCACAUUGACAAAGAAAAAGCAGCAGCGAAGGAAUUAGGGGAGACUCGGAAGGUCGUGUUGAUGGAUUACAACGUUUAUCUAAUGGGAAUCACCGUCAAUGAGAAUCCAUCUAUACAGUGUUUAGGUAAACUUACUUGCCAAGACAAACAAGUCAAGAUAUACAAAGUCUUUCAUUGUGAGGGUUUAUUGUUAUGCAUCUUGAAAGAAGAUGAUACUAAGAUUGUGGUUUGUAAUCCGUAUUUGGGACAAACAAGGUGGAUCCAAACCAUAAGUUUUUACCGUCCAACUGAAUGGAAAGGACGGGAUUUUUUCAAAUACGCUCUCGGGUACGAAAAUUAUAGUGAGAACAUAUCUUUUCGUAGGCCCAAAAUUUUGAGGUUUAUAGAUAAUUAUAGUCGUUGCGUAAACCUCAAAGACGCUGUUAUACGUUAUGAAAUCUACAGUUUUGAUACUGAUUUAUGGACUACUCUCGAUGUGACACCACGCUGGCGUAUAGAAUCUCACUGUGGUAUUUCUCUCAAGGGAGACACUUACUGGGUCGCUGCAGAACGAAACGCAUUCGGAAAACUUGAUCAUAUAAUCUGUUUUGAUUUUACAAGAGAGAGAUUCGGACCGCUCCUGCCUUUACCGUUUCAGGCUUGGAGGAAACUGUUUGCGUCACUAUCUUUGGUUAGAGAAGAGAAUAUUGCAGCUUUAUUUCAGACGUUUGGAUGUAAGAUUGAGAUAUGGAUUACGACUAAGAUUGAUGACGAAAGUGUGUUGUGGAGCCACUUCUUCACAACCAAUAUGCCAUACCUUGACAUGACGCUUUCAUUUAAUACUUUCUUCGUUGACGAGGAGAAGGAAGUUGCUGUGGUUUUUGAUAAAGAAAGAAACGGAACCCAGAACACUGUUAAUAUCAUGGGAGAGACUGGAUGCUUGACGAAACUGGAGCUUGGAGAACCCAUGAACAAAAACAGUUUGCCACGUGUGUGCUCUUAUGUUCCAAGUCUAGUGCAAAUCAAGCAACAUAAAGGAGGCAAAAGGACUGAAGUCAAGAAGAAAAAAGGAGGCAAAAGGAGAAAAUGGAGCCAUUAG